AUGCCGCUGAAACAACCGCGCAAGCGCAAGUCUGUCGCAUCACAAACCACACCCCAGCGCCGGCGUCGUGGUGCUAAAACUAUCCCCUCAACACCCAUCUCGCAGCCCAUGUCCUCGUCUCAAGCCGAAAAGAAGUACCGAGUCAAUGGUCGCAAUGAACGCAUCACUGAAACACCUCAGGCAAAUGAGAUACGCGCUAUGGGUAACAAAGGCCAGCGAACCCCAAAGAGAACCACUCAGCUCGCUCAAGCCACCUCUCCGAGCACACCUUUUGAGGUUUCAUCAGCUGAAAGCUCCGAUUCUGAUUGUAAGAUCGACAAGGUACUACCAUCGCCAAAGCGCAAACUUGUUGCUGCUAGCCCGCGAGGUCGCCCAGCCAAGAGGGCUAAGAUGGAGCGCUCUAACGCCCAAUCAUCCGAUGAUGGGUCUGACUGCGUGAUUGAAAAGGUUCUUCCAUCACCCAAGCGUCGCCAAGUUCUACAAGGAAAGGCAAGAAUCAAGCGACGUAGAGUUGGCGACUCCCUUGAUAGUCCUGUUUGUAUCGAGAGUGAUGUCGACAGCGAUGUUGAAGAUGUGAACUCCCUACCCGAGCCAACACAGACACAGACACAGGCCCCAGACGAGCCGCGAGCGCAUUCGCCCGAUAUCAUGGACGCUUUGGAGGCAUGGCUUGACGGUCCUCAGUCUGGCGGAGCUGCAUCAGAAGCGGCUCAACAGGCCUCAACUCCUGACAUCGGAAGUAGCCCGCCAAAUAUGCCAUUCUCAACAGCCCCUGAACAACCCAUUCAAAGCUCUUCGUCGAUGGAAAGCCCAGGCCGAAAGGUUCAAACUCGGGAAUCUCAUAGGGAAGCAUCUCCAAGCCCAGCAUCUGACUUGGAAAACAAAACCCCACCGUCGACCUAUAAGCUUCAGCCGGUCUAUAGCGGCAAGAACCUUCAGGAAACACAUACUCCUGGUACACCUUCACAGUUUCGCCCACAUCAUCGAGAUUCUCUUAUCGGUUUGAAGAGCAUUCUGAAAAGAUCUAGCGAAAAGCCGGCGUGCGAAUUUAUCGAAAUAUCUUCUUUCCCUGACAUCUCUCCGCUUUCUGGAGAUGAUCAUGCUGUAUCAUCGCCAACCGAGCGUAUUCAAGACAGCAAGCAUCAAGCCAAGAUGAUCCAUGAUGAGACGAUAUUCACACACCCACCACCAGCAAGGAAGCUGACAUUGGCGGAUCUCCGAUCGAAAAGUUGGACCCCAUCUCAGCCCAAGAACGCAAGCCGACCUUUGACCCCAUUACCAAAGCCUUCGUCAUGGCUUCGACAAAAAAAAGAAUUGAAACCAUUGUCAUCUAUCGCCGAUGAUACUGCCGCCGAGGAUGCUGCAUCUGACCAGGGCACUCCCUCAAAGCCACCUACCGAGCGAGUCAACCGUACUACCCAGAAGAUGAUCAAGGUAGAGCCGCAAGGUUCCGGCGAGGACGAUUCGGGAGAUGAACGUCCCAUUCAAAUUGAAAAGCUGUUGAAACCAGGCAGCAUCAAACAGGAGACGCCUUCGAAGCUGCCUACACAGCCAGCUAUGCGCCAGACUCAAAAGUCAGUCAAAGCCGAAAAACAGUGUGUCACUGAUACCGGAGCCGCCAAGACCAGGCGCCAUAAGCUUGCGAAACAGUUAAAGCAAAGCGCGGAACGACAGUUCACAAACCCCAAGCCUCUAUUUGGCAAGACUCAAAGACCAACCGGGAUUGAUGAGCAGAAUUUUAGCGACGGUGAAGAAUCUGAAGGCGAACGUCGGAAGAGACUUGAAGAAAAGCAGCUGGUACCGGUCUCAAAUCCACACUGGACCAAGCCCCUUUUCCCCGGCAAAGAGGUCAUGCCUCAAGUCAUUCGAGAUAGUGUUUCGGAGCAUGCCAUUAAACCCACCGUGGCCUCUUUUGAGAAGAAAUCAGCAGCCGGCCAGGGAUUCACCUUCAAGAACAAUGACCCAAACCAAAAGUACAACUGGGACGUCGACUGGAAUAUUGAUAAAACUCUCAGCAAACGUGAGUCGCGCGCCGUAGCCUCGGAACUGGAGCAUAGAGGCAUCAAGACCGAGAAGCAAUACAGCAAUUUUUGGUACAAUCUUACGAUGAAGAUUUCAUCGAUCGCAGGUUCCCCUGUCCCACUCUUUACUGCAAAGAAGAAGGCACUGGAGACGGUUGUGGAGGAGGCGAUGCGCAAUGCCAAACAGCGGAAGGCCUGCAAGUCUGCAAAGGUCACAAAGACGAAGCAUAAGAAGACGAAGAAUCGUUCACGAAUUGUUCAAGAAGUCCUGACUGCCAGCAAUGCCGACGAGGAGAAGCGCGAGAAGAAGCGCAAGAAGCGUGAGAAGAAGAUAAAGAAGCUUCCUCAAGGUGUGGACGCAUUCUUGAUCCCUGGCGAUACUGACGAGGAAGGCAAGUCAUCAUCCGAUGAUACCGAUUCCGAUUACGAUGGAGAAGAUUUGAUGGUCAAGGUACGAGCGGAUAUUGACAGGCAGCGAAGGAUAUCCGGAGGUGGAACAAGUUGUGGGUAUCGAAAGGGGGAUCUUUAA